CGCUCAUCAUUCGCGGUUCGUCAGCCGAGCAGCGCGGUCGACGCCUGCGCGCUCGUCGGACACCGGGUUAAACUUUAAAACAUUCGGCUCUUGUAAUAACCGGACUACGAUGAGAACUAGAGGGGUCCCUGUGGCGGCCCUUCUGCUCCUGGUCGCGCUGGUACACCAGGCGACCGGUGUUGAAGAUUUGUACUGGGAAGGAGAAGAAGAUAGAUCUAAUGAGUUCCUAGAAGUAAAGCCCGAUGAAUUUAGCCUCAGCGCACACCUCACGCGACUGAAACGGGCUGCAUCUUUCUUCAGCUCCGCCUCGACAGAAGGUCCGUCUCCCGACAUCUACGACAGCGUCACGGAAGAUGACGAUACCGCUCAUGAAGGCAAAGACGAUGACAUCGACGCUGACGGUUCCGGUCUGCCUGACCACAGGAUUGAACCGGAACUCAGAGAAAAGACCCUCAGGGUGACUUUCGUGGUGAUGGAGCCGUACAACACCGAAUACUCCAACCGGGACUCGAUCCAGUUCCAAAACUUCUCGAAAUCCCUGGCUGACGCUGUGAACGCCUUGUUCGAAACGUUACCGGGUACUCAGAAAGCCAGUCUUGUGAGGAUACAAUCUCGACUAGCAGACGAGUUUACUUGUAAAGUGACUUUAGACAUCGUGACGACUGGAUACGAAGACACCAACAGGAUAGCCCAAACUCUCAGGGACCACAUCAAAAUGAGAUCAUUUCUGGGCACUGCCACCGUCACCGACACUGACUUUAGCGCUAUCGAGAUAGACCCUGGAUCGACUCCGGUCACAUGUGCCUCUAACGAGCUGCAGUGUGACGAUGGCAGCUGCAUCAUCGACAGCGCUCGAUGCAACGGUCGGAAAGAGUGUCCUGACGGUUCAGAUGAGGCCGGGUGUAAUAAUUCUGUUAACAAUUACGAUCAAGGCCCGGAUUCUAAUGGCUGGGAUAGUCAAAACUGCAGUAUACCGUGCUCAGAUUCGGUGUCGACCUAUUGUGACAGCCAAAAAUGCGACGGCCAUGAGGAUUGCCCCGACGGAGACGACGAAAUCGGCUGCCCAUUUCACGGCGAACCUGAAACUCAACGAGGUGAUCAAUCUUUGUAUAAUGAAGUUACUCCCGGACUCCCAGAAGAGGACACAAAUUUCGCAACCACCCCCUUACCCCAAGCUUGUUACCCUGGCGAGUUGCGAUGUGACGAGACACGGUGCGUCAGUGCAUCGCAGCGGUGCGACUCCGUGUUCGACUGUGACGAUGGUACUGACGAGCAGGGCUGCCCAGAAACGUGUGGUGCUGACGACUUCCGAUGUGAUAAUGGAAUGUGCAUCGAAGGUGCACGCCGCUGUGACAGAAUUGUUGACUGUCCAGGCGAAGAAGACGAGAAAAGUUGCCAGUGCACAGCAGAUGAAUUCCAAUGCGGUGAUGACGGGUCCUGCAUAGAGUUGAGAAAACUUUGCGACGGCACCAACAACUGCCUUGACGGAUCUGACGAAAGGAAUUGCGCGACUGGGUACUUUAAGUGCAGAACGGGCAAGCUUAUUCCUGAUUCGUUGAGAUGCAACCGGCGAUACGAUUGUCCUAGUGGGGAUUAUUCCGACGAACAAAAUUGUCCAUGUGAUGAAGGGGACUUCAAAUGUGAUAAUGGCCACUGCAUACCUGCAUCCAAACAUUGUGACAGAACGCAUGAUUGUCAGGACGGUUCAGAUGAACGACAUUGCACAUAUGGCACAGUUUGCAUGGCUUAUCAAUUUAAAUGUACGAGCGGAAAAUGCGUGCAAGCUGAUUCGUGGUGUAACGGCACAGUGGAGUGCGACGACGCUUCGGAUGAAAUGAAUUGCCCGUGUAAAAGGGGCCAGUUUCAAUGUCACGAUGGUUCUUGUAUUAAUAUAGCAUUGAGAUGUAACGGUCGUAAAGACUGCCAUCCGUCAGGCGAGGAUGAGUUCAACUGCGAAGUGGCUCAAUGCCCACCUGAUAGCUUCACCUGCGACGCCCGGUCAUCAGUUCGCUGUGCGACAGCGUGCGAUAACAAUCCCGAAUGCGAUGGCAGUGAAGACGAGGCUGAUUGUCCAGGUUGCAACCACGAGUGUGACGGGAAAUGUCUGGACGAUCAGCUCAUUUGCAACUCCGUGCCCGAUUGCUCGGACGGUUCGGAUGAACUGAACUGUGACAAUUGCGACAGGCCUAGCGACUUCAGGUGUGACAAUGGCGAGUGUCUCAACAUUGCUCAAAAGUGCAACGGCAUUAAGGAGUGUCCUAGUGGAAACGAUGAACAAAAUUGUAACACCACCUUGGUCCCUACAUCGGGCACUUGUUCGAGCUCUCAGUUUACUUGCCACGACGGAACGUGCGUUGAUGUGCAGUUCACUUGCGACGGACAAUUGGACUGUACAGACGGAUCUGAUGAAGAAAACUGCCCGUGCGACGCUAACGGCUGGCAGUGCCGAUCAGGACAAUGCAUCCCUUAUGAGAAAUAUUGUGACACCAUCGUAGACUGCGAGGACAGCACCGAUGAGAUGAACUGUACUCUAGCCACAACCACUAAUGCGAUCCCAAGCUUCCCGGCUUCGACUCUGAGCCCCAUCUUCACAACGACCCAGCGAGACUAUGGCCGACCCGACCAGGAUCCGCAAUAUCCUUAUCCCCCAAGGCAGCCCUCUCCACCAAGCUUCGGGAGCUCCGGAUCAGGAUCAUAUGGUGAAACUACACCAAAUCCAUCUAUUCCACCGUCCGUGGAUGUCCCGAAUGUAGGUGACGACAGGAACCAAUAUGAAAACAGACCUCCGGGCGAGAAUCCAUACCCUGAUGAUCUCAGCUCUUCUUAUGACAAUAAUAGAGGUGAUCAAUCUGAAAACGAACCGCCUCGUGGAGAUGAUGAUGACGAUGACCAAUACGCGAACAAAUAUCCUGAUGGACCACAAUACGGUGGUGGCGGCGAUGACCAAGAUGGAUAUGGAACUACAGGUAGGCCACAAUAUGGUAAUGGUAAUGAUAACGGAUAUCCUGACGAACCACAAUAUGGUGGUAAUAGAGAGGACGUUUAUGGAAAUAGCUCACCACGUGGCGAUGGAAGUGGAGGCUACCCUACUAGUACGCCAAGAUAUGAUAGGGACGAUGGUGACCAAUAUGGGUACAGUUCUCCUCGUUCAGAUAGUAGUGAUCAGUUUGGAAACGGAGCUCCCAAUGGAGGACAAUAUGGUGGUGAAGGUAGUAACCCACAAGGCAGUGCACCUUCUGGCCGAAGUCCAUUUGGUGGUGAUAGCAGUAAUACAUAUAACACUGAAGCUCCUGAUAGAGACCAAUUUGGUGGUGACGGUAGUAAUACAUACGGCAGUGGGGCGCCUGGUGCAGAUCAAUAUGGUGGUGAAGGCAGUAAUGUAUUUGGUAAUGGAGCGCCUGGUGGAGGUCAAUACGGUGGUGAAGACAAUAAUAUAUUUGGCAAUGUAGCACCUGGUGGAGGUCAAUACGGUGGUGAAGACAAUAACGUUCUUGAUAAUGAAGCGCCUGGUGGAAGUCAAUACGGUGGUGAAAGCAGUAACGUAUUUGGCAAUAGAGCGCCUGGUGGAGGUCAAUACGAUGGUGAAGGCAAUAACGUUUUUGGUAAUGGAGCGCCUGGUGGAGGUCAAUACGGUGGUGAAGGCAAUAACGAUUUUGGUAAUGGAGCGCCUGGUGGAGGUCAAUAUGGAGGCGAUCAAAACGGACCCUCUGGUGGGUCUCAAUAUGGGGGCGAUGGUAGUAACCAAUACGGCAGUGGAGUAUCCGGUGGUGGUCAGUUAGGUGGUGAUGGAAGUAACCAACCAGGAAACGGAUAUCCUUAUGCAGGAGUAAGCGGUAGACCACCUUAUGACGGGUAUGGAAACGGACCCAGCAGUGGAAGCCAAUAUGGCUCAGGCAGUACAGGAGGUGCAUGCGGACCUUAUCAGUGGCGUUGUGAAAAUGGACCGUGUAUCGAUUACCGUCGCCGUUGUGACGGCCGUGUCGAUUGUCCGUAUGACUCCAGCGACGAAUUCGAUUGUGCCUCAGGCCCAGCCGAUUUGGCUCUUAGGACUGUCCCAGAUGAACAAGUCAUCAGAUACGUACAUUAUGGUGGUGAUGCCGUCUUCCGAUGCCGUGACGAGGGACCACUGCGUGUACCAGUUAGAUGGAUUAGGCAGGGUGGUAGACCACUCAAACCAGGCUCUAUUGACAGAAAAGGACGACUGGAAUUGUACAAAGUCACACCCGCGGACAGCGGCGUGUACAUUUGCCAAGCCGUACGAUUCACAGGUUAUCCAAAAUCGGAAGUUAGAGUGACACUGAACGUUGAAACCCAGCCCGACAACCAAGAGCCACCGUUCAGGCGCUGCAAAGCCCACGAAGCUACUUGUGGCAAUGGGGUCGAGUGCAUCCCAAAAUCUGCAACUUGCGAUGGCAAAAUCGACUGCUCUGAUGGAUCUGACGAGGAUUCUUGUUACCAAAAUGGCAUGUGCGAACCAAAUCAAUUCCAAUGCAGAAAUCACAAGUGCGUGUUAAAAACGUGGUUGUGCGACUCGGAGAACGACUGCGGUGACAAUUCUGAUGAAGCGGACUGCAGGCCUCAAACGCCAGGGGACCCUUGUUUGUCAGUAGAGUUCGCCUGUCGCACCGGCGGACAAUGUAUCCCGAAGAGUUUCCACUGCGAUGGACAGAACGACUGUUUCGAUAAAUCCGAUGAGAUCGGAUGCGCACCCAUUUACGUGACACAACCUCCCACGCCGUCGCUGGUCACUUUGGAAGUCGGAAGCACGCUGGUAUUGACCUGUCACGCUGUCGGAAUGCCUGUCCCACUCAUUUCAUGGCGAUUGAACUGGGGUCACGUGCCGCCACAAUGUUCCGCUGUCAGCGAAAACGGAACGGGAACAUUGACAUGUCCCGAUAUGCAACAUAUCCACAGUGGAGCGUAUUCUUGUGAAGCGAUAAACAACAAGGGAACAACAUUUGCCAUACCUGAUUCAAUUGUGUUCGUCAAUAAAUCUGAUCCUUGCACGCCUGGAUACUUUAACAGCGAAGCGCGUUCUGAGAGCGAAUGCAUCCGUUGCUUCUGUUUCGGCAAAUCUACGAAAUGUCACAGUGCUGACUUGUUCCUUUAUAACAUGCCCACUCCGCUCGGACAAGGAGGCACCAGACUCGUGGGAGUAUCUCAAACACCUAAUGGAGACCUUCGCACCGACACACCUAUUGGUAACCAGUACCACUACGAACCGCUGAGGAAUGAAGUCAGGAUUACUAAAAUGGUACCAAGCACCUCCAGCUGGUCAGUUAGUGAGGAUCAUCCCUAUGUAUCCCUGCCAGAGUCGUACAACGGUAAACAACUUACUUCGUAUGGCGGACAUAUCACAUAUGUUGUGACUCCACACUCCGAUGACUUUUCGCCUGACGACAGCGUGCCCAGUAUCAUCAUAAAGGGUAAAUACGGCAACCUAUUCCACUACUACCGCGGUCCCGUCAACAGAGAAAUUGUCAUUGAAGCACGUCUCACGCCAGAAAAUUGGAUGAAACCAAGUUAUAGAGGACUUGUUCCUGCGUCUAGAGAAGAUAUUAUGAUGACAUUGGACCAUAUUGAUAUGAUCUUACUACGAGCUGACUUCAACAAUGCUGGUGUCAUUAUAAGUCAAUUUUCUAUGGAAUCCGCUCAAUCCGCUAAUGUUGGUCUUGGAGCUGCUAGUCUCGUUGAAGAAUGUACAUGCCCACGUGGAUACGAUGGUCUUUCUUGUGAGAAAUGCGCCUUCGGAUUCACUAGAAAGAAUUCAGAUCCCUGGCAUGGCGACUGUGUGCCAGAAACUUGCCCACCUGGCACUUACGGCGACCCGGAGAACGGAGUUGCAUGUUCGCCAUGCCCGUGCCCACUAACUAACCCUGGCAAUCAAUUUGCCUCCACCUGUUCCCUUGGAGCCAGCGGUGAUGUUAUCUGCGACUGCAAUCCUGGUUAUGAAGGCAACCACUGUGACCGCUGCGCACCAGGGUAUGUCGGCAAUCCUCUCAUUCCUGGAGACUCAUGCAAGCCGGAACGCACUGAUAAAUGCAACCCCAUAGGAACAAGGAAAGUCCGACUACCUGAUGAGUGUGUCUGCAAGGAAAAUGUCCAGGGACGCUACUGUGACUCAUGCAAGAACGAUUCAUUCUAUUUGUCUGAAGAUAACAGACAUGGGUGCGCCCUCUGCUUCUGUUCGGGUGUGAUUGAAGAGUGUAGCAGCAGCAAUCUUCGACGCAAGACUAUCACCACGGAGUUCAACAUGCCUCAGAUAAUCAGUCAAGUGAAGGUAUACAAGAGUUCACCAGCAGGUGGAUCUGGUGUAAGAUACACUGCACCAGUUGAAUCUGAUGACAACCCUCAAACCCUGCAGUUCUCUAGAGAUAGAGGCCCAGUAGUGUACUAUUGGAGUCUGCCAAAGAGCUUUGCCCAGGAUAAAGUUACUUCAUAUGGUGGCUACCUGCAAUACAAACUGAUAAAUGUGCCUGAAUACAGUAGUGUGUCAAGGAACUAUGCUGCUGAUGUACAACUCAUUAGUGAUAACCACCUUACAUUCCACUAUUCUGGUAACUUCACACCAUCUUCCGAUGGCGUUGUAGAUGCUCGUAUAAAAAUCGUUGAGAAAGAAUGGCAGCGACCUGACGGUAAGGAAAUAUCUCGUGAACAUUUCCUCCUUGCUUUGGCCGAUGUGAAGACCAUUCUCAUUAAGGUGAGGUACUCUGAUGAGGGAAUAGCCACGCCUGUGAGCGCCAGCAUCGAUGUCGCCGACCCUGACGGCACGGGACCUAUUGCAGCUGAGGUCGAGCAGUGUAUGUGCCCAACCGGGUACCUCGGAACAUCUUGUGAGGACUGCGCUCCUGGUUACACAAGGAGCUCGAGCGGGUUGUACCUGAAGCACUGCACUCGAUGCGAAUGCAAUGGGCACUCUAACAUGUGUAAUCCUGAAACUGGCAUCUGCUAUUCUUGUGCUGACAACACUGACGGUAGCCACUGCGAGGUGUGCAAACCUGGAUACCAGUUCAACGCUUAUGGACAAUGCGUGGAAUCCGAAGCUACCACACCCUCAGCUUGCAGAUGUGAACCUAGGGGCACCGAGUCUGGAUGCGAUGGCUCUGGCAUUUGUCACUGCAAGCCUAAUGUAGAAGGAGAGAACUGUGACAGAUGCCGACCCGGCACCUUCGGCCUGCAUGAGAACCAUCCUCUCGGAUGUCUGUCUUGCUAUUGCUCCGGUGUCUCAAGCGAAUGUCACGAGGGCUCUCACUACGCCUCAACACCAAUGGCGGCGCCUAUCCUGGGCGACAACUACGGUGGCUACACCCUCAUGGACUUGAACGCGAACCAAGUGAUCAGCGACAACUUCGUGCCUGUUCCUAACCAGAGCGAACUUUCCUACGUAUUCCAAUACCCACCGAACCAAGAAUUAUAUUGGUCGUUGCCAGUCUUCCCAGGGGAUAGGGUGUUGUCGUACGGUGGAAGUUUGUCGCUGCGGCAGGAGUUCUACAGCACCGACAACCUGACUUCCUCCGAGCCGGGCGUGGACGUGGUGCUCGCCGGUAGAGAUACCUCCGUCUUCUGGACAAACCCAACACGCUACAAUGCAGGCAGCUCUAUAAGCUAUCAAGUGCCGCUCACCGAACACGAAUGGACGAUCCUCGGCACAGCGUCGCCGGUGGACCGACACACGUUCAUGCGAGUGCUUGCGGACCUCAGGCGGGUGUUGGUGCGCGCCACUGUCAAUCGCAACAUCUUAUACGCAGCCAUCGCCGAUGUUUCCAUGGAUACCGCCACUCAGAACUACGAUCCUAGCUUCCCUGUUGCUAUUGGUGUUGAGGUGUGUAUGUGUCCUGCGGGAUACUCUGGCACGAGUUGCGAAAUCUGCGCGCCGAACUACUACAAGGACAGCAACGGCCUCUGUACACAGUGCCCGUGCAACGGACACGACUGCCAGCUCGACAACUACGGCCAGGUGUACUGCAACUGUCGCCCGCCGUACACCGGCUCCGACUGCUCCGCUCUAGGCUUAGUCAUGGAACUCCAUCCGACAAUCAUCGAUGACAGCACGAAAUGCACACGAUGUAAAAGCGUCACCUUCACGUGCAAGUAUCGCGCGCCCGAACCUCUCAUCAUAAAGUUUUACCACGAGGGGCAUGAACAGUGGCCCCCAAAGUUUAUUAACGAAUCGACGCUCCACAAAGACGGAUGGCACGGCAAACACGUGUGGCACACUGUGUGGGACACUAACAAUCAAGGCGAGAUAUACGAGUGCCACACUGUCACGCAGAACGGAUUCACGCUCGGCAUUCUGACGACCAGCUUGCCUGAGCCAGGUGGUUCUUCAUCUGUGACCCCUGAACCGCGACCACCAGUGCCACAAACCACGGUGGUGGUCACCAUCACCAGCCCGACCAUAAAGAUUCAAGAAGUCGGCUCCAGCGUGAACUUCACGUGCGAAGCCUACAGUAGAAUGACGAGGAACCCGCUCCGCGUCAAGUGGUCCAAGGUUGCAGGACAGCUGCCGCUCGGCAGGAGUACUGUUGAUGAACUGGCCGGUCUGCUUCUCAUCACCAACCUGCAGAUCUCCGACAGCGGUCAAUAUGUGUGCGAGACCAACGAUGGAGUGUCCACUGCUCAGGCCAUCGCCACUCUCAAAGUGCCAGGAAACGACAUGACCAUGCCAGUGGCGGAGAUCAGGCCGGCGGUCAAUGACUACUACGUGGGAGAUAGGAUCCAGCUGGAGUGCCUCGUGCGCGGCAACCCGGCGCCCAGCAUCAGCUGGCAGCGGGCCUCGAACCGCCCUCUGCCCGCUUCCGCACAAUACUUCGACGAACUAUUCAUUAUUGAAAGCGCCCGGGAAGAAGACUCCGGCGAAUACAGAUGCAUAGCUUCCAACACCCUUGGGUCUGUAGAUCGCACAGCCAUCAUAAGCAUAAGGCCAAGACCUUCGAGGCCUACCCAAGAGCGGCUCACUAUCACGCCACCGUCUCUGACCUUGUCUGAAGGCCAGGGUUCUACAGUAGUCUGUACCGGAACUCAAUUAAUUCCCGCCGACUCUAUCGACUGGGUUAGACAAGACGGAUAUCCUCUAUCUGAAAACAUCCGCUCGCAGAACGGUGUUCUGUACAUCGAUUAUGCUCGCCUGGACGAUCAAGGAGUGUAUCUGUGCCAGAGUGCGUCCCCUGGCGUCGUACCGGCUCAGAUCGUGGUGAAGGUGGAGCGUGCAGGCACACCCUCGCCGGCCGACGUAUCGAACAUCACUGUGUCCGUGGAUCGAAUCAUAAUACCGACCGGAGAGACCGGCACUAUCGAUUGUAACCCGAUGGGCUACCCACUACCAUUCAUCAGGUGGAGCAGGAACGGUGGUGAAUUCGGACCGAGAAUUAGCCAACGAGGCAACACGCUUAUUGUGAGCAACGCACAAGAUGAGGACCAAGGAUACUACCUGUGCGAAGGUUUGGUCGACAACGCUCCGGUAGCCUCUAUCUACGUGGCAGUCGAAAUUGAGAGACGUGAGGCGCCACGAGUAGAGAUCUGGCCGCAAGGUGAGCAGUCAGUGCCUAUAGGAAGUCAGUUCGAAUUCCACUGCCGAACCACUGGUGGCAUUCCAGAACCAGCACUCACCUGGGCUCGUGGAGGUAGCAACAGGGCACUAUCACCACACACACACAUCCGACCGAACAAUCUAGUAUUUGAGUAUGUUGAUGUAAACGACGAAGGCGAGUACACGUGUUCAGCGACCAACGUGGCCGGCACAGCGAGCGCGAGCGCUAUAAUCAAAGUACGGUCCCCACCGGAGAUUACAAUCACACCGAGCAACCAUCAGGAGAUAAGAGUCGGUGAACCCGCCGUAUUCGAAUGCCGCGCCAAUGGAUACCCAGAGCCUAUGGUGUCGAUUAAAACGGGCACGGACAUGAUUGAAAUCGUGCGUCCUUCACCGGGCAUCGCGGUGUUGCGCGUCGCGUCCGCCAGCCAACGAGACGAGGGCAUCUAUACUUGCACCGCAACUUCCGCUGCCGGCACCACGCAGGAACAGUUCCGCCUGAUCGUUGACAGAGGAGACGGAGGAUACCCCGACAUUGAUUUGGGCGGCAGCGGUGAUAACGAGUACGACCCAUCUGGAAGACCCCAACCUCCAGAGUUCGAACAGAAUCCAAGUGACUUGGUCGCCCUCGAUGGCCAGCGCGAAGUCACCAUCAUAUGCAACGUGACUGGUGGUCUCGAAGCGAGGUGGGACAGAGCAGAUAGGCCGAUGCAGCGUAACGCUGUAAAGAGAGGGUCCACACUCCUCAUUUACAACGUAUCGACCAGCGAUUCGGGUAAAUACGUAUGCAACCUGGUGGACCCGUACACAGGCGCUGUGGUGAAGGCAGUGUACACCAGCCUGGUGGUGAUAGGGGCGCCGAGGAUCACACUGCGCCCACAGACACAGAUCGUGCGGCCCGGACAGUCGCCCACGGUCGAGUGUGUGGUGGAAGGAGACAACAUCUUGGAAGUAGUGUGGAAUCCGUACCACAGAUCACCGUCCAACCGAGUUGAAAUUCGAGGGUCUACUUUAAUUUUCCACCGAAUUGAAAUUGAAGACGCCGGAAAAUACGAAUGUUUCGCGCGCAACAAGUACGCCAACAUCAGUGCCAUCGCUGAAGUCGUCGUAACCGAGGAGAGCGAUCGGACGUCGUCGCAGUCGCACGAUAACGAACAGUACGCGCACUCCGGGGCGGCGGUCCACCUGAGCUGUAACGUGACGCGGCCGAGCGCGCACGUACAGUGGACCAAGGACGGGCGGCCGGUACCUCGCUCGCGACAGAAAACCGACGGCUCGCUAUUCAUCAAACUGGCACAAAAGUCGGACAGCGGCCACUACGUAUGCACCAUCCGCGAUCAGUACGGACGACGCAGUAGCAAUUACAUCAACCUGCAUAUAGAGGGUAUUGAGUGCUUGGACAACGAGUUCCGUUGCUAUGACUCAAGCGGUUGCAUAGACGAAGCGCUUCUGUGCGACGAUUUCCAAGACUGUAGAGAUAACAGCGACGAGUACACAUGCCUCAACCGGCAGGGACGUUAUGCCGACGGGGACUGGGAGUUCAUCGAUAAUUACAUCCCCGCCACCGGUCCCCGUGACGAAGGUUCGGCGUCUAAAGUGUCCAUCGAUCAGCCCCGGAGGCCUUUCAGGGUAGGUGAGAACGUCAACGUGCUCUGCAGGGCGAAGGGAGUCAACGUUAAAUGGGAACGUUACGGAACCAACGAAUACGUCGACUCAAGAACUUAUGGAGAUGGUGCAAUGCUUAUCAUCAAUGGCGUACAGGAGUCCGACGCGGGCAUCUACCGCUGCAUAGCAACAGGGCCCUAUGGAACUUAUUACGAUGAUUUUAAUCUAGAAGUCGAACCAAGUAGCAGUGGUCCGAUAUACCCAGACAAUAGGGACAGCCCGUGGGCGGAGUACACCGCGCGGCUCUCGGACUCUGUAGACCUGCCGUGCAGACACAACCUUGAAGAACCGGCCGCUGUUGAGUGGAAGAGGGAGUUCACCCCGUUACCAGCCGACGUCAGAUCUAACCAACCGAUUCUCCACCUGGAACGUGUGACGGAAGCCGACGCGGGCAUCUACGUGUGCCGCGCCACAAACUACAUCACCACUGUCGAGUCGCGCGCCGUGCUGCGCGUGGAGGGCGUGGUGCCCAGGUUCGACGGCUCCGCUUGGCUCUCUCUGCCCUCUCUCAAGGACGCUUACAAACAGUUCGACAUCGAAAUAUCGUUCAGACCAGCUGAUCGCGACGGACUGAUCCUGUACAACAGCCAAAACGCAGGCAGGACCGGCGACUUCAUUGCGCUGUCGUUGAUGGACGGCAUCCCGCGAUUCUCGAUGGAUUCUGGAGCGGGUUCGAUAUCCGUGGAGGGCGACCGACCGCUGGUACUCAACGCGUGGCACACAAUCCGCAUCAGCAGGACCAAUUCCAGAUUGACCAUGGACGUGGACAACACCGGACCGUUCAACAGAGAUUUUGCCGAGCAGUGGACUUUGCUUGAACUGGAGCAACCAAUGUACAUCGGUGGCGUGCCAGACUUCGACCAACUGCCCGCGGAACUUGCCGGAUCCUCUGGUUUUGUGGGUUGCGUGAGCAUGCUGAUACUGGGCCGCGAAGAGAAGAACAUAAUGCUAGACAACCUGGAGCAGUACCGCGUCAGCGGCUGUGACUCGUGCUCGCCCAACCUGUGCCUCAACAGCGGCGUUUGUCAGGAGGCGCGCAAUGAACUCGGGUACAUGUGCAUAUGUGCGCCCGGUUUCGCCGGGUUGAACUGCGACCGCACCGGUGAGGCGUGCCGGCCCGGACUCUGCGGCCCGGGCAAGUGCGCCGACACCGUCGACGGAUACAAGUGCGCAUGCCCCGUCGCUUAUACCGGCAAAAACUGCGAAGUAAGACAGUCGAUCGAGUACCCAGCCUUCACGGGCAGCGCGUACUUGGCGAUCAAACCGCCAGUUACAUCCCGCUUACUAAACAUGUCGAUGAAAGUGAAACCCACCCAACCUGUCGCUGACGGCAUCAUAAUGUACUGCGCGGAGUCCUCGCGAGGUUACGGCGGCUUCACAUCCCUAGCGGUCCGAAAUGGAAGACUAGAGUUCCGUUACGACCUCGGCGGAGGAAGCAACCCAGUGGUCCUGACCAGCAACAGGACAUUGCCAGCGAAUGAAUGGACUGACGUUCACGUCGCACGCUUCGGCGGCUCCGUGUCGCUCAAGAUCAGCAAUCAACCCAUCUACGAACGAAGGCUGGACAGACCUUCCGAGACCCUGAAAUUCGAAACGCCAAUGUUCGUCGGCGGCGUCGAUGACUCUAUCGUGCUCAAUAACAACACGGGCGUCACUGGAGGAUUCAGCGGUUGCAUUAGAGAUGUGAUGAUAAACAGACUGGCUGUUGACAUCGUGAACUCUUCGAUCCAGUCCGCCAACGUGCGUGAGUGCAGUAAUUACGAACGCGGCGAUAUACCCGAUACUGACGUCGGCUGUCAGUGCUACAACGAUGGUACUUGUCCCAACGACUCCACAACGUGCGUGUGCCCGCCCGAGUUUACCGGAAGGAAAUGUGAGACUCGUCUCGCGUUGCCGAUAAUCUCUUCGCGGAUGACGCCCACGGACCCUUGCUCCCAUCGACCCUGCCGCAACGGGGGCAUCUGUCGCCCGGACCUCAGGAACCGCAUGAACCACACCUGCGACUGCCCGCUCGGUUUCGCCGGUGCUUCCUGUCAGAUGCCUCUGGAACUGUUGGAGAGCGUCGGGUUCAACGGCAACGGAUACAUAGAGCUGCCGUCGCGGCUGCUGCGCUACGACAUCCUGCACAUGGAGCCGGCGCUGAUCGCGCUCGCCAUCCACACCUACAACGACGGCGUGCUGCUCUACCAGCGGGAGGUGAACGCGACCAUCGGCACCGGCGACUACGUGCUGCUGCGAGUGGUGGAUGGUUACGUAGAACUCGAGUGGGACAUGGGCAGCGGCAUGUCGAACAUUCUGAUCGACUCUGUCCUGGUCAAUGACGGUGAACGCCAUCAGAUCAUAGUGAAGUUCUACGAGGACAAGCACGUGUCGCUGUCGGUGGACGGGUACACGAACACGGGCGACUCAACUGGCAUAACGAGUGUCAUGAACGCUGAUUCCAAUAUUUACAUUGGUGGCAUACCAGACGCUCUGAACGUGCUGAACAACUACCCGGGACUGUCGGGCUGUAUCGAGCAGGUGGAGCUGAUGGGCACGAGCCGCGGACUCAAAAUCGGCCAGGUCGCUGUCGCCGGCAGAAACGCACAGCGAUGCAGAAAUUUUCUACCUGAUCGGAUCUAGCUGACACAAACUAUGCGAACGAAUCUACGAAAUCUCUACUCUCCUACACAACACGGAACAGCAAACUGCAUUAUGAUAUGAUAAUUAUAGUCAUGAAUGUUUAUCUGUUAUGUCUAAAAUGUGAACAUACAUUUGUUUGAAAAUAGGUAGAGAUUAACGAAAUUGUUCUUUUAGUAUUAAGUAUAAUUCAAUCUGGACAAUAUGGCUAGUUUAGUUUAUAAGUAUGGUAAUGUAA